AUGAAUAAUGAAGGAAGUGGUGUACAAAGUCAAAAUCUGUACAGGAGAUUGUUUUUUGAUCGCACCUGGAGCAAGUUUUACAUAAAGCUGGUGGGUGAGAAUGGGGAGAGCAAACGCACCCGGCUGCCUGGCACAGUUACUAAGGAAUCUACCUACACUGUAAGAUGUUCCAAAUCCAUUGGGAAACUAGGGCUGAUUGAACUGGAGAAAAUGAAGACACUUCUGCUCCCUGAAGUGUGCUGGUUUGUUGACAAAGUGAAAGUGACAUCCCCGGAAAAGGACACUUACACAUUCCCCAUUUAUCACUGCAUUAACGAUGAAGAAAUCCACCGCUUUAGAGAGGGGGCAGCUCUGCUAGUAGCACACGACCACAGUCUUAUUGGCAAAUAUACACGAGAGAUGGAAUUACAGAACGGAAACAUCUUCCUCUGUGACUACAAGAUUUCGGAUGGAGUUCAGACAAAUAUCAUUCAUCAUAAGAAUCAGUAUUUGAUGGCUCCUCUGGUCCUCCUCCACCAAACACCAGAGGGACAACUCAAACCCGUCGCCAUUCAGCUCAAACAGAGGCCUGAUAGGGACAAUCCCAUCUUCUUCCCGACUGACUCAGAGUACGACUGGUUAUUGGCCAAGACCUUUGUGAGAAGUGCUUAUUUUAAUGAACAUGAGCUGAACAUCCACCUGCUUCGCACUCACCUGCUGGCUGAAGUUUUUGCACUGUCUUUAUUCAGGAACCUGCCCAUGGUCCAUCCUCUUUACAAGCUUCUGACCCCUCACACUCGAUAUACCUUUGAAAUCAACGUGUUGGCCAGACAAUUGCUUAUUUCAGAAACGGGGGAUUUCACACUGUACACGUCUUCAGGUGGAGAGGGGAUGAUGACCAUCCUGCUGAGAUCCAUGUCCAGCCUGACCUACCGCUCGCUCUGUCUCCCUGAUGACAUCAUAGACCGAGGGGUGGAGUCUCUGCCUCACUACUACUACAGGGACGAUGGACUCAAACUUUGGGACAUUAUUCACAGGUUUGUUGACGGAGUCUUGAGCUUUUACUACAGAGAUGAUGGAGAGGUAGAACGAGACCCUGAAGUACAGAACUGGAUUCAGGACAUAUUUGAACAUGGGUUUCUUUCCAAUGAGAGUUCAGGAGUUCCACAGCAUUUGUCCACAUUACCUGAGCUGGUUAAGUUUGUCACUAUGGUAAUAUUCACCUGCUCAGCGCAACAUGCAGCUGUCAGCGAUGGACAGUUUGACUAUGGUGCCUGGAUGCCAAACACUCCCUCCACCUUACAGCUGCCACCUCCAACCAAGAAGGACACUGUGACUGAAGAGACUAUCUUGAACACUCUGCCUAACAUCAGCACCACCGUCCAUGCUAUGGCCGUGUUGAAUCUACUCAGCAAACAGUCAUCAGACUUUGUUGCCCUGGGCCAGUACCCCAAUGAGUAUUUCAACGAAGAAACUCCACUGAGCCUGAUCAAGGUUUUCCAGAAAGAGCUUGGAGAUCUGCAUGAGGAGAUUACGAAAAGAAACAAAGACCAAGCACUGCCUUAGACAUAUUUAGACCCAAAGUUGAUUGAGAACAGUGUGUCACUUUGAAGCUGUCACUUAUUCAGGCAAAAACCAUUAUAUGCAAUUAAACAAAGGGUACAAAAAUUAUCAUGAAAACCUAAUGAUUGAGCGAGCGUUAUUCACAUCACCCUAGAUGUUCCCAUCACACUCCAACACGUCGCAUCACCAGAAGUUCACCCACGGCCUUGUUUAUCUUUGUUCUUUAGUUAAAAUAGAAAUUAAAACAUUACAUUUCACCUACAGAUGUCUUGCUCAAGGACACAGUGGCCACAUGUGUUAGCGACACCAGAGAUAGAACCUUUGCUCUAUGUGCAACUGAGCUCAUUUCAUGUUAAGUAAGAUUUUUUUUUUUUUUUUUUUUUUGUAUUUCAGCUUCUUCUCAUGGCAUUCUUCAGAAGCAUCAUGUCAUGUGUUUUUUGUUUGUUUGUUUUUCUUACAUAGUGUGAGACGAGGUGUAGGCUCCCCCAUCUCGAUUUCCCUUUUCACACUGCAGAGACCAGUUACUAUUUUAUAAUGCUGCCAAUUUCAGUUUAUUUAAAUUAGUGUUCCAAAAAAGUAAUGGUAGUCAAUAUCUAACUCCCUGCUUGAUUUUCAAAAGUUAACUUGUUUAAGAAAUGAAACUAAAUGUGUGCACUCCAUGGAUCCUCUUUAUUUGAGGGAGUUUCUGCAGCCCUAUACUCC